AUGAAACUCCGCAAACAGUACUACAACACAAUUCAGGAACUGAAAGGAAACAUUCGUGUGUACUGUCGUGUUCGUCCGAUGGUGCCUAAAGAGAUCAGUGACGGCCAUUACUCUAUAAUGGAGUUCCCUUCCACGGACGAGCUAAAGUUUGUCGAUGGGAGUGGGCGCCCGAAGCUGUUUGAGUUUGAUGAAGUGUACUCACCUAGCGCAACGCAAGCAAAGGUGUUCGAAGAUACAUGUCCUCUCAUUGAUAGUGUCGUAGAUGGUUACAAUGUUUGCAUUUUCGCCUAUGGGCAGACAGGAAGUGGCAAGACGUACACUAUGGGUGGAGGCGAAGGGGAGACAAAAGGCAUCAAUGCGCGAGCGCUGGAGCGCCUUUUUGAGGUUAUUGAGGAACGCAAAGAUACGGAGGAGUCUACGGUUGUCAUUUCUGUACUUGAGAUUUACUGCGACAACAUUAGAGACCUGUUGGCGUCCCACGAUGCGGGAAAAGUAACGUACGAGGUGAAGCAAGGUGGUCCAUGCGGCACAUACGUGACAAAUCUCACUGAGGUGCUGGUUACUUCCCCACGGGAAAUCCGCGAUAUCAUGGCUCGCGCAAAUAGCAAGCGAAGUGAGGGGCAGACGAACAUGAACGAGCACUCAUCCAGGUCCCACAUGAUUGUGUAUAUCGUGGUUCGCACAACAAAUAAGCAAACGAACAUGCAAGGUUUUGGAAAACUUUCUUUGGUUGACUUGGCAGGGAGCGAGAGACUUGAGAAGAGUGGUGCGGGGGGGCAACAGUUGAAGGAGGCGGUUUCCAUCAACAAAUCCUUGUCCGCGUUGGGAGACGUCAUAGCUGGGCUUGCACAGAACGUGAAGCAUAUUCCUUUCCGCAACUCCGUCUUGACCUUCCUUCUGCAGGAUUCCAUGGCUGGGCAGGCGAAGGUUCUUAUGUUUGCAUGUGUCAGUCCUGCAAGCUACAACGCCAGUGAAAGUAGCAGUUCCCUGCAGUUUGCGUCCCGCGCCCGUGGCGUGACCUUCGGGCAAAUCAAAAAGAACGCGGCGGUACCGACUUGA